AUAGUAAGGUGUCUGGUUACUCCCAGCCAGCCCACGCUAGCUGGGCUAAAGGAGGAGUUAUUCCGAUCCUCAGCAGUAAUGGUGACUUGGCUGCGUUUGAGGGGAGCUGAAUGCUGUGUAGUGGCCAUCAAAAACGACUUGUGAGCAAUUUCCAAAGAAGAGAUUUGUGUAUUUGUUUUAAUUGCGACGCUUCGGAAAACUAAACCUGCAGUGUAGCGGAUUUUUAUAGCUGAAUGCGCUGUGGAAAGUUAAACCUGUUGCCUGUCUGCCUCGCCGCAUAGUAAACUGCUGCCCAAGAUGUUGCUUUGUGGAUGGGAUGGCCUCUGGUCCCGUUUGUGUGCGCACUCAUAGCCUCGUCGGAGUACGAACAUUUCUUCUUCAGGUGGUUUUGUAGCUCUUCUCGCCUGGAAGAUGCAUGUGUCUCUGGCAGAAGCCUUGGAGGUUCGAGGAGGUCCGCUCCAGGAGGAGGAGGUCUGGGCAGUGCUCAGUCAGAGUGCUGAGAGCCUCCAAGAACUCUUUCACAAAGAUCCUGCAGCCAUGGGCUUCAUCAUCUCUCCCUGGUCCCUCCUGCUCAUGCCCUCUGGCAACAUCUCAUUCACAGACGAGUAUGUCACCCAGCAGGACUUAAGAGCCUUCACGGCUCCAGAGGUCCUGGAAGGGGUCUCCUUGUCUUCCGUCUCUGAUAUAGAGAAGAUGCACAUGUACUCUCUUGGGAUGACCCUGUUCUGGGGAGCAGACUACGACAUCCCCCAAAGUCAGCCUAUGAAGUUGGGGGAACACCUAAACAGCCUGCUUCUCAACAUGUGUGAUGAUGUUACAUUGAGUCGAAUGUCGUUGCGCACGGUGCUGGACAUCUGCAGCAAGCACAUUAGAAACUCCAGUUGUGACCCUCCCUUCUCCUAUAUCAGAAAACUGGUCCGAUUGGUACUUGGCAGCCUUUCCCAGCUGGAUGGUCUGCUGACUGAUAGAGAGUCUCUUCCGGAGCGGAGUAAGGAGAUUCGGGAGAGGCUGAGGGGCAAAGGUUUGCCCUCAGGGAGGAGUGCUGCACCCAGGGUUCUAGAGCGCUACCGAGCCAGGACUCAGGAGCAGACGUCUCUUAACCGGGGUCUCAGUCGCUCCAUGGGCUCUCUGCCAAUCCAGGACCUGUUGAAGGGGGAUGAGGAGGCAGCCCUACAGUAUUCUCUGUCUGACUAUCACCCCAACUCUGAGUCCCACACAGAACUCUACCCCAAACCCCCCUCACUCCAGCACCAGCACUCCUAUCCCUAUCUGCACCCCCUUCACCCCCAGCAAAAGGGCCGGCCCGUGGAACUGGACCGGAGGUCUUUACCCUUCCACAGUGGGGACCUGGACCCUAGUCAGGCCAGGAAGACCUGGGCUUCCUCUGUGGACUUGGCUUACAUUGACCCAGAGGCUCUUCGUUUUGGGGCUUUGGAGGAUGCUCGGAGAGGCAGCAGUGCCAUAAGUACCCACUCCAUAGGCAGGCGCAAAUCGCCCUUGCGGGCAUCCAGGGAGAGGGAUUCUCGCUACUCUGAGUUUGGUGGGCUGAAGAGUAGGAAGCCUCAUCACCACUCAGCCCUGUCGGUAGGCUCAGGCCUCACCGGUGCCUAUGACAGGAUAAAGGAGAGACAGAGGAAACUUCAGGUGCUAAGGCAAGCAGUGGAUGACCCAGUCCACACCCACCAGAGGUACCACAGUGAUUACAGUUCAUCCAGCGAAAGCCCCUCAGUGACCUCCUCUGAUCCAGACUACAGGCAAGCUAAGAAACCAGGCGAGGUGAGGAGGUAUGGCUCCCAGCUGGCACUUUCCUCUGAACAUGAUGCCCUGUCGCUGACAAGUCACAACACAAACAGGCUCAGGCAGUAUGAGGGGGCAGCUGAUGAAGGUCUGGUUGGAGCAGAGCUGCUCCUCCAGAAACAGGAGGAGGAGGUGCAGCGGCUCCAGGCCCACCUAGCCAGCAGGCUGUCCAGGGCCAACCUCUACUCCACAGAUGUGGCCCCAUCUCACACUUCCAUGCUCGACCUUCGAGACCCCCUCUACACCUCUUCUGUACCACUUCGCAAAUCCAAGAACUUCCAUGGGCCUGAGUUUGUGAAGAUGGCCAGUGAGCCCUGUGUUGCCUUAUCUGUUCCCUCUUCAAUAAUGAAACGUGGUAAGGUGGAGGAAGUGCAGAGGAAGGUGGGUGUGGUGCUGCUGAAUGGCCAAAAGCUGGAGCUGAGCUGUGACAUCAAGGCGGUGUGUAAAGAUGUUCUUGAUAUGGUGAUUGCCCACAUUGGACUUGUGGAGCACCAUCUCUUCGGCCUAGCAUACCUCAGAGAAAAUGAGUUUUUCUUCGUUGAACCCGAUGCCAAACUUUCUAAAGUGGCCCCAGAGGGAUGGAAAGAGGAUCCUAAGAAGAAGAAAUCUGAUGUGCCUUUUAAUCUUUUCUUACGCAUUAAAUUCUUCCUUGAUGACGUCCACUUCAUACAGCAUGCUAUGACCAAACAUCAGUACUACCUACAGCUGAGGAAGGAUGUCUUGGAGGAGAGGAUGCGCUGUGACACAGAAAAUGCCAUGCUGCUGGCUUCACUGGCACUGCAGGCUGAAUUCAGUGACUACCAGCCUGAGCUCCAUGGGAAGACAUAUUUCAGACUGGAGCACUACCUGCCGGUGUCUGUCCUGGACAAGGUGAACCAGACGACCAUCAGGGAGGAACUGCCGAAACUUCACAGCAACUACUAUGGAGCAUCUGACUCUGAGGCAGAGUUUGAGUUUCUCAAGGUGAGCCAGAGGCUGACAGAGUACGGUGUCCAUUUCCAUCGGGUUCUUCCUGAGAAGAGGUCCCAGACAGGCAUCAUGCUGGGUGUCUACUCCAAAGGGCUGCUCAUCUUUGAGGUCCUUAACGGAAAUCGUACCCCAGUGCUGAGGUUCCCCUGGAGGGAGACAAAAAAGAUUUCCUUUACAAAAAAGAAGAUUUGCCUUCAGAACACUUCAGAUGGGAUUAAGCACCUGUUUCAGACAGACAGCAACAAGACCUGUCAGUAUCUGCAUCAGCUCUGCUCUGAUCAGCACAAGUUCCACCUGCAGAUGAAGGCCCGCCAAAACAACCAGGAGCUUCAAGACCUAGAGAACUGCCCCUUGAGCAGUUUGCAGUAUUCCCUUGACCCUCGGAGCGGAGACGCAGUGGGGAGGACAGUGAGCUCAGGCAGCCUGGCCCCCAGCUUAUCGACACGCUCCAACCCAGACCACCUGAAGAGGAUCUCCUACUCAGAAGUGGCCCUCAACAAGGCACUGUCUGGCCCAAUAUUAGUUCAAGAUGAGCUUCACUUUCCAGGUUUCAAUCCAGUAGCCUCCACGGUCCUUUCCAAUCCGCGGAUAAUGAGCCGAUCCCACCACAACCUCGGACAGAUGCCAGAGUCUCCAGAGCACCGAGUGGCAGAGUCAUAUCGUGACCAGUCGCACAGCGGAUUGAGACAGGCACAACCCAACCAAGUGGCCUCUCACUUCCAGCAACACCAGAGAGCCAGCUCAGACACAGACUCUCUCUCACACCAACAGGACAAAUCAUUUGGCACAGUGUCCCACAGCAGCCCAGCCUGGAGUCUCAGCAGGUCCAAAAAAGAAUCUGACUCUUCUUCCAUAGAGGAUACUGGCCAAGCAUAUGUAGUAGGUGUCAGUAUGCACAGUUCCACUGGACUGCCUUCAACCCCAGCCUCUGUUAAUGAUUCACUCAAGAAAAAACUCAGUGCCUUACCAUCUCCAGAGAGAGAAAUCACAACUGUAAACCUGAAGAAAGAUGUGAAAUAUGGCCUUGGGUUCCAGGUUGUAGGAGGGGAGAACUCUGGUCGUAUGGACCUUGGCACCAUCAUUAGCUCCGUCACUCCUGGGGGUCCCGCUGAUGUCAACGGCUGCCUCAAACCUGGUGACCGGCUGAUCUCAGUGAAUGAUGUGAACCUACACGGGCUCUCUCAUGCCACUACGAUAGAUAUCCUCCAAAAUGCUCCUGAUGAUGUUACUCUGGUGGUGUCACAGCCCAAAGAGAGGCUCUACAAAGAAUCUUCUUCAGACUAUGUUCCCUACCAAGCCAAGUCUGCAUUAAAGGCACUUAACUCUGGCCAGAGACGAGAACUAGACUUUGAUACCUCGUCAGAGGAGCAUGUGGGAACAGGAAGCCCCAGCCCUCCUCUCCACAGUGCUGGCACACCGUCAUCCACCUCCUCCUCUGUCCACCAGCACACCAGCCUCAGUUCUCAGGACUCCAGGACAAGCAGUGUUGCUAAAAUCAGCCAACUCCCUGCCAAUGGAGUUCAGCAGUGCCUAGAAAGAGUUAAAGCUGCUGCCACAGCUGCACCCAUUGCCCAGCGUCAAAGACCAGAACCUAACGUGGAUUUGGAGCCCACACCACCGGCUCUGCCACCCAAGACUAGAAAAGCUAAAGUGUCAGAAGCUCCCAAAGUUUCUGAGCACUCUGACUGGGGGGAUUCAGACAUGGAUGAAGAGACUUAUUCCAGUAGUCAAGAGAAACUCGUGGUCAGAAAGGAAUACAUCAUGGGAAUUUUAAAUGGUAAUGCCCCAGGGGUCAAUAGUCUCCGUCCAGGAGAACUAUUUGACGUUGAGCUGUCCAAAAAAGACAGCAGCCUGGGCAUAAGUGUCACGGUACUGUUCGGCAAGGGGGGAGUCAACACAACUGUUCGACAUGGAGGCAUUUACGUCAAAGCCAUCAUACCAAAAGGAGCUGCUGAGCUCGAUGGAAGGAUACAUAAAGGUGAUCGUGUGGUGGCUGUCAAUGGAAAAGGUCUGGAGGGAGCCACUCAUCAGCAAGCAGUAGAGGCUCUCAGAGACACUGGGCAGACAGUGCACUUAGUGCUGGAGAAGGGACAUCCGCCUACAGACAGUGUCCAUGCUCCCCUCACACCUCAGUGCACUCCACCAUGUGUUGACAACGACCGAGACCAGACCAAGAAUAAAGAGCAGCCACUUGCGGUCAAAGAAAAACCAGAGUACAGCUUUGUUACACAAGAUAAUGUGUUUGAGGUGUGCUUGCUGAAGAACACGUCAGGGCUGGGCUUCAGUUUUAGCCGAGAGGAGAGCAUGCCUGACGAACCCCACGGCUCCAGCAUGGUGCGGGUUAAAAAGCUGUUUCCUGGCCAACCAGCUGCAGAGAGCGGUCGCAUCAACGUGGGCGACGUCAUCAUGCGGGUCAAUCAAACCCCCCUCAAAGGACUCUCGCAACAUGAGGUGAUAUCAGCCUUGCGAGGAACAGGACAGGAGGUGACUUUGCUCCUCUGUAGACCUGAACACGGGGUUCUUCCCAAAAUGGACACUUCAGCUUUGACGCCCAUGCCAUCACCCCGAAAGGAGCCGGUGACCCAGGCAGAGUCCAGCCUGAGCUUCGACAGGACAACCUCUCCUCCAGGUACACAAGGCAAGAGGAGUCAGGGCGCGGUGGAGGAGGCCCUGGAGAGGCUGCUGCAUAAAACCCCCGGCCGACACAACAGCUACAGCGACAGCACUGAUGGGGAUGAGGAGGUAGAAGAAGCCUUCAGCCCGAGCACUGUGGAGCACAGCAGGCAAACUUGGGAGCGGAGUGUCUACCACACCCCCAGCAGCAACCUGGGACUGGGACGCUACGACAGCACUGGUCAGCUGGACGACACCAUCCACUCAGCCUUCUACUCCCCAAACCUGUCAAUGACAAGAUCAGACCUCAGCAAGAGGUGUCCUUCAUCCCCCAUGACAGCUAACCUAGAGUCAUCCCCCCUGCCUAUGGUGUCCUCCCUCACUGCCCCAAGCCCAGAUCCCCUGCCUCCUCCACUGCCUCUGCCCUUAAACCUCACUGUGUCCAGCAAUGUACAGGACAUGGAGGAAUUUGUCCCGGAUGUAGAGCUAAAGGUCUCCUUGGUGAAGUCAGAAAAGGGCAGCCUGGGCUUCACCCUCACCAAAGGUAAUGAUCAUGGAUGUUACAUCCAUGACAUUGUCCAGGAUCCAGCCAAAGGAGAUGGAAGGCUCAGGCCCGGGGACCGAAUGAUUAUGGUGAACAACACAGAUGUGAGCAAUAUGGGCCACACCGAGGUGGUUAAUCUUGUGCGUGCGGCCCCCCGUGUGGUUGACCUGGCGGUAGGGAGGGUCCUGGAGGCCCCCAAGCCCCCCAUAGAAGCCCACCUGCUGCCUGACAUUUGUUUUAAGGGCAGCCAAGAACCACUGGGUUUGGUACUGGAUGGUGGCAGUGACAGUAUAUACAGUGUCUUGUUUGUGAAAGACAUCCUGCCAGGUUCAAUGGCCUAUGAGGAGGGCAGCCUGAGACCACUUGAUCUAAUCCACUACAUCAACGGUGCUCCCACUCAGGACCUGACUCUCAGUGAGAGCACCAGACUGUUGGAGCUCUCCCUCGACGACCUCACUCUCAAGGCUACAAGGGAUGGAAAGCCUGUUUCCCCUGGGCAAAAAAGUGUCUCUUUUCUUAACAACAACAUUAGCCCCAACGUUUCAUCCAGCAUGAAUGGGUUUAUUAAAGGAGAAGAUCCAAGAGAUACAGAGUGCCUUGCAGCACUUUGUCCUUUAGAAGAGGAGAUCAUAAAGCUGGAUCUGGAGAAGCCGCACUCAGGAGGUCUGGGUUUCUCUGUGAUUGGAGGGGAAAGGGGGAUCUUUGUCAAGUCCAUCACACCAGGAGGAAUAGCAGAGUCCUCAGGCAAACUGCAAGUGGGAGACAGGCUGCUGAAAGUGAAUGAAGAACUAAUGACAGGUGUGUCCCACACCAAAGCUGUCACCACCAUCCGUAAAGCUAAAGGCCUGGUACAUCUUAUAGUGUCCAGACCACCAGACCAGAACCCGAACACAUACCUGGCCUAUCCACCCAUCAAUUCUGACAAGUGCAACGGAAACACAGAUCUGAGUGAGGACAGUGGAGCAAAGACUAAGCUGUCUACUAUCCAUGAUCAGCUGAAAUAUGGUCGCUUCCCCCUCAUACCACCAAUAGAUUAUGAAGAUGAUCCACAAGAACAGAAAAGAGGGACGGAGCACAGCGCAGAGCUUUCAGAGGACACAGACUGUGAUGGCUCUUCUUUACCUGAAGACUCCCCUGAGAGUUCCCGGAAAGUGGAGUGGCAAGAGGAGAGUGUUGAUGAUCCAAGGAACGAAAACUAUCUACAAAUGAGUGCUGGACAGACAGAGGAAGAUGAAAUCACAUGGGGAAGUGAUGAACUGCCUAUUGAAAACAUGAACUCUAAAUCAAGAGAUGAUGGGCCAAUCAUCACAGAGGAUGAGCUGACUUCUUUACCCCUUGUCAAAGUGGUCCCUGAUGGCCAGUACACAGGACCAAAGCUCAACACUGUGGUCCGCAUGAUGAGGGGGCUUCUGGAGCAGAAGGUCCCGCUGCAGGAGUUUGAAAAUCUUCAGAAUCUCCAGCCACUGGAUGACUGUUUAAUAGGUCAGACGAAGGAGAACAAGAAGAAAAAUCGCUACAAGAAUAUUGUUCCCUUUGACACAACUCGAGUUGUGCUGGGCAAAGACGGAGGCUACAUCAAUGCCAACUUCAUCAAGAUGCCAGUGAAGGAUGAGAACUAUAUGUACAUCGCAUGUCAGGGUCCCUUACCCACCACUCUGGGUGACUUUUGGCAAAUGGUCUGGGAGCAGAAGUCUAAUGUGAUCGCCAUGAUGACCCAGGAAGUAGAGGGAGGGAAAGUGAAAUGUCAGCGUUACUGGCCAGACACACCGAGGACAGCAGAGAUGGUGGGCGACAGGUUACAGAUCACGCUGAUCAAAGACCAAUAUCUCGACAACUUUGUCAUCCGACUCAUUGAGGUCAAAGAUGUCCAGACCAAUGAAAUACAGCGUGUAACUCAUCUGAACUACACAGGAUGGCCGGACCACGGCACGCCCUCACAACCCGAGCAGCUGCUCACAUUUAUUUCCUAUAUGAGGCACGUUCAUCGAUCGGGGCCCAUAAUCACACACUGCAGUGCAGGCAUUGGUCGAUCAGGAACCCUCAUCUGUAUAGAUGUGGUUCUAGGUCUCAUCAGUAAAGAUGCUGAUUUUGAUAUUUCAGAUGUCGUACGGAACAUGAGACUUCAGAGACAGGGAAUGGUCCAGACAGAGGACCAAUAUAUUUUCUGCUAUCAAGUGAUCCUCUAUGUCCUCAGAUGCCUUCAAGCAGAGGAAAACAUCUCAGGAUAGUAGAAACCACAUAUCACGUCAUGAAGACGCUGGGUGACUGUUUCACAAGAGCAUAACAAAAAUGGAGGAGAGUUGACACAGGCAGCAAUUGCCAAAUUACACUACAUGUUUUUAAAAUGCCUUAAAAUAUUCAGUUCCUUGAGAGUAGAAAACCUUUAAAGAAGUCUAUAUUUUUAUUUUUGCUUUUUGAGUUCUCUCUCUUUGGCUGCUACUCCCUUUCACUGCAUUUAUGAGAACUGCUGAUUGUAUUUCUUAUUGUCACCUACAAGAGAACACAUUUUUUCCCUCCAGAUUCUUGGAUAUUCUAAAAUAAUUAUGAAAGUGAUCAAUGAUUUCGUAUUUUAUGUGGAACAAAAUUUUACUUGUGUAUUUUGAAUCCUAUUUUAAUGCUGGAACAUGCCUUGACAGAAUACUAUGUCAGUAUUUGCUUUGUAAAUCUAUUAUACAGUAAUUGCUCACUGCCUGAGGUAAAUGAUGAAAUUAAAAGUGUACAUAUUCAUCUCCUGAAAAUUAAACUGGAUACAUUUAAAUUGUUAUGUAGAUGGACGUUUCAUUCUUAGAAUAAUCAAAUGUUUUCUUUGUCUUUUGUCAUUUUAGUGCAUAUCGCCUUUUAGCAUACUUUUGAGAAUGACAAACUUUGUCAGCCUUAUUGUUAUCAUUCAUGCUGUGGAAAAAGGUUGCCAUCACAUUCCAAACUUCAUUUAUAGAAACAUUAACCUAAUAGAGCUUUUCCAAGCUUGCUGACUAACAAAACCACUGAAAGGUUUGAGGAAGAGAAGCUACAACUUGCACACCUGUAUAAGAAUUGAUGACUUGAAAGUUACUACAUAUACACUAUAUAUAAACCACAAACUCUGGGCUCAAAAUGGAGCGUAGAAUUUAAUCUGUUCCCUGACACAGUCGAUACAAAUAUUGGACUUUCAUACUGUAUUUUUUGCCUGGCUGUUUGAAUGAAUGCAUAUUUUACAGGUGCUCAUGUUACUGUGUCUUUCCCCUGUAUGUAGUUUUUAAACAUAAUUGCCCUGAAUGAAUGCACAUCCCUGAGCUAUCUGAUGGAACAAUGUAAUUGUCUACAAAUACUGUAGCAGAAAGCAGGAGGUGUUGCUGCACAGAUAGGUUGUCUUAUACCAGUUUCACCACCAUGUGGUGCCAAAAUUUAUUAUAUCACUAAAAUAAUUCUGGAAACAGCUAUUCAGUGUCCCAUUUAAACAAAAUAAAGCUCAUAUUGCUCAUUG